AAGUCUGCGUUUUCUGGCGGGCUGAUUCAAAACAUAAACAAGAUGGAGUUGAUCUCUGCGCUGCAGUUUCUGAACUUACAAGAAAUCCCAGGAGCCUGGGUGGAUUCAGUAUGGGACCUAGAGUUCACAGAAAGACAACCACUGGAUGAUACUGUAGAAGAAAAAUUGACAGCCAGUGGAGACCAGGCCUUCAGGAACCUGUAUCAGUGUUUACUGGCCCAUGCUGCUGAGCAACAGCAGUCUGCAGAACGAGGUGGAGCUUCACAGAGUAUCUGGGCGAUUCUGGGGGAGAACAGAGUGUCAGUCAAGUCUCUGGUGGCCGUUCUGUCCUUCUUUGUCCUGGGGGGAAAAGCCAAGGCGGCCAAUGUCCAGCAGAGAGUGAGCAGCUUGCACGCUGCCUCACUCUACCUGCUGCUGCUGGGAAUCCCAGGGAGCAUUGCCAACAAGGUUUUCCAUGAGGUUUUGUUGGACACGUGUUCCGACUUGACCUCUCACUGCUGGCCUCAGUACGCUGGAAAAAAGCGCAAGAAGGACGGCCUGAAGAGUUCUCAGGCAGAGGGCAAACGCUCCAAACCGCAGCGGAGAGACACUCCAGAGAUGGAAAUGGAGGAGGCAGAGGAGGAGGAAGAGGAGCUUCAUUUCUCUGGCCAGGAUUUGAUGAAGAUCAGAGACGCUGUGGUUCUCCUGGUUCAAAGCCUCCUCAGACUCCUGCAGACAUUUACACUCAAAGAUAGACCACAGAUUGCCAGCAACUGCACACAGAUCUUCACUAAGCUCCUUUACUUUGAGCCCGUCGUUGGAGAGCUGACCUUUGCCACUGAACAAGAGAUCAGCAAGCUGAGGAGUGUUCCCGAGAUGGCUUUCUACGGCCUGCAGCUGCUCUGCUCGCCAAAACAUGGAGACCAGAGAGAAUCCCUGCGGACGGUUUUCCACCGGCUUCUCUACGUGAUCCUGAUGAUGACUAAAGGCAACAGAGGGAAGCCCUCCCUUCUUGUACCCAGCCAGGCCAUCCUCUCCACGCGUGACCAGGCCAUCCAUUUUGUGUGUCAUCUUGUGGAUGAGCUGAAGGAGCUGGCGCAACCUUUCCUGCAUAUCCUCCUGCAGCAUAUCUGCUUCCAGAUGGUGGAGAAAAGCGAGUUUCGAAGCCACGGAGCCCAGGCUGUGGGUAUGCUGACGUCUCAGAUGAUAGGGAUAGACUACGCCUGUUUCAUCAAGUGGCUGUUUAAUUUCUCCAGACACUCAAAGAUGGUGUGCCGGCUCUUCUCUGUGGACGUGGUGAUGGUUCUCCUGGAGCAGCCAGAGAGGAGGCCGGAGGACUGUCAGGACCCGGAGCUUGCCUGCUUCCUGCCCCACAAGUUCCUGAUCCAGAACCUGCUGUUCGCUCGGCGGAUGGACGAAUCGCCCACAGUCCAAGGCCACGCCCUUGCCUGUCUAGCCCAUUGUCUGGAGCUGCCGUCACUCAACGUCACCCGGGCAGUCCACAACCUCUUCUCUGCCACUGGAACCCAGACAGUAUUGGACGGUGAAAUCACAGAAGGAAGUCUAAGUUCCCAGCAGACUCAGAAAACCUACCGCACUCUGCCGUUCAGGACUGUGGAGAUCAGCAGCACGGACAGCUCUGGCUGUGACGUGAAAGAAAACUUGGCUCUUCUCCUGCGGCGUGUAAAAGACUCUAAGCCUAACGUGAGGAAAUCGGCACUGCAGGCCUUGGUGGGUCUCCUGAAACAUGACGUGAUCCCCACGAGCUGGGAGAACUUGGCUAUUUUGUCGGAGCGUUGCAGAGACCCGGCUGUGUCUGUGAAGAAGAAGGCCCUGCAGUGCAUGGGAGAGCUGCUCACCGCCAAACCAGGGUGCAGUGUGGUGCAGAAGGCGUGGCUGCAGGGUGUGGUGCCGGCUGUGAUGGACUCUGAGAACUCUGUGCAGGACAAGGCCCUGGAGGCUCUGGACCAGGUGCUGCUCAGCCAGGUCAAGCCGUACACUGCCAGCCGCCACGUGGAUGCUAGUCAGAGGCUGACCUGGGACCUGCUGGGCCUGCUCUGUCAUGACUGCCAGAACCUCAGCCGAUAUUUCAGCAGGGCUUUCGCCAUCUGGUCCAAACAGAACAAGUUCACAGCGACGUUCAUCACCAACCUGAUCUCACACACCGAGGCAGAUCACGCUGCCGGGGCCUGGCUGCUGCUCUCCAAGGUUGUCGCUUCCUCUCCCAAACUGCCCUACGGCAAGAUCCUGGAUGCCUGGGACAGCAUGGUCAGUUCAAAGGACGUAAGUGUGGCAACCUGCUGUCAUGUCCUGUGUGUGAUAGGAGACAUCGCUGCACAUUUGAAUGAAGAUACUAAAGACAGGAUAGUUAGUGAUCUCAUGUCUUGGUUGAAGACUUUUAGUUUGUCUCUGGAUGUGAUCAGUGCUGCUGUGGAGACUCUUUAUCAACUCGGCCGCAGUGAAGACAUCAAACAGACUCAGGCUUUUCUGAACCAGCACUGUGGUGAGCUGGUGUCUGUCUGUGAGGCUUAUUUAGCCGCCAUUAUCCUGAGUGACAAGGGAGCCCAAAACCUCAAUGAAGAGCUGAUGAUAAAACACCUCCACACUCUGGGUGUGGUUUCACUCCACUGUCCUGCCAAGGUUGGCAAAAGGACGGUGCUGCUAGUGGAAUCUGUCCUCACAGCACAUUCUGAGAAACUGGCAGAGUGCCAGGAGGAGCUGCCAGCCUCGCUGCCUCUGCUGUCUCAGUUCAAAGCAAACUCUCUGCCUACCAGAGUCAGAGCCCAUGGAGUCAUUACUUUAGGUAAACUGUGUCUACAGCAUGAGGAACUAGUCCAGAAGUACCUGCCAGUUUUUGCCAGGGAGCUGGAGGUCGGCACAGAGGUUGCCGUGCGCAACAAUGUGGUGGUGAUUAUGUGUGAUUUGUGUGUUCGAUACACGAACAUCGUGGAUCACUACAUACCCAACAUCUCCGCCUGUCUGCGUGACAAUGAAGCUGUCAUUAGGGAGCAGACUCUCAUCAUGCUGACCAACCUGCUCCAGGAGGAAUUUGUGAAAUGGAAGGGGUCCCUCUUCUUCCGCUUCAUGGUGGCGCUGGUUGACCCAGUCCCUGCCAUCGCCAGUCUGUGUGAAUAUUGCCUGCUCCACCUGCUGCUGAAAAAGAACCCAGAAAUGUUCAGCCAGCACUUCAUCGAGUGCAUCUUCCACUUCAACUCCUACAGCAAACACAAGUCCUACAACAAGUUCCCUCAAACUGAGAGUGAAAAGGUCAGAUUCUCCCUGAAAGGAGCCCAGUACCGUGAGAAGCGUUUUCGGAUCUACCGCUUCAUGUUAGAGCACUUCACAGACGCCCAGCGCUUCAACAUCACCAACAAGAUCAACCAGACCGUCUUAGCAUGCUUUGCGGAUGAAGAGCUGCCUCUGGAUGCCGACGGUGCGGAAAUUUUGUCGGAGACCUUCAAAAUCAUGAGCCUGAAGGAGAUGAAGCUGCAGGCCAUAUCUAGUCCAACAGGAGUCAUGGCAGGGGAGGAACCAGAGGAGGAGAACAUGGCCACCAUGGCUAAGGCUGUCCUGCAGGCCGCUCAGAAGAAGGUGGUGUCCCAGGUCCAGAAGAAGGCCUUCAUAGAGAACACGGUUCCUCUCAUCAUCAGCCUGAAGAGUGUGCUGGAGCAGAAACGUUCUCCUGUCCAAAGGGACCUCAUGGCCUACCUUCAGGUGACAAUGCAGGAGUACCGCAAUGAGGUGAAGGAGUUUUUCUCUGGAGACGAACAGCUGGCAGCUGAGGUGGAGUUUGCUCUGAAGACGGCUGAGAGGGAGAGAGAGAUGGAGCAAAAGAUGGUCAACUGCACCCUGACAGGAGGCGCUAGGACUCGAACACCACAGGGUUCAGUCCAGAAUUCUCCUACGAGGUCCAGGCCGCUCCACCCAUUUAGCUUUGCAACCCCGCAGCCGCCACGUCCAAACCACCUGUCUGUGAGACUGUCACAGACUGACAGACGUACAUACAGAUCAAAGCAGGAGCAACAUGUCGAAUCUAAGUCAAUCACCCUGGAAGGAACAGUGAUGACUAAAGGAGCUGUGAAUAGCAGAGCCAUCAGCACACCAAAAGGUGUCAACAUCAACUUAACUUUUGAUGAGGGAGUCAGCGCAAUCUUCAGUGACCGAGGAACAAGUCUUGUUGGGGAGAGCAGUGUUCUUCACUUUCAGUCAAAUGAGCAGCAAGCUCCUCGACUGCGGCAGUGGAACGUGCAGUCUCCUCUCCGCCAGAAGAAAAGAUCAUCUAAAGUUUAGCUGAUAUAUACAGCUUUAUGUUUUUGUUUCUGUUUAUGUCUGUACUACAUCUACCAGCCUUGGUAGUUGUUAUAUCUUUAUUUUCAUCUAUGUGAUGUUGAUUGAUAUUCUGACAUGUUUAUUUUGAAUCUGUUUGUGUGACUGUUUGUUGUUUAUUUUCUUAGUAAUAAAUGUGUCCUUGACCUCA